GCUGCGAGCAGAAACCGACUGCCCUGCGACUGAGGUAAAUACGGCCCGGUGUUCCCUUGAGUAGGUGAGCGAAGUGGCCACACGGUACGCCCUGGCAAACGGCUCCCUCUGGAUCCUAGGAUGAGGGGCAGUAGUAAGAACCCGAAGAUCUGAGCUCGUUUGGGGAAUACGCUUCACUGGGGAGCCCUGCUAUGCCGGUGCUAAUCAACACCCAGAGAAAACCGCGCUGACCAUCUCCCCAGCUCGCAAAUGAGGACUCAGAAUAAUUAAAUUUUCGUCUAACAACGAGGAUCCUGCCAAAGGUUAAGAUAAAGAAAAACAUUGCAGCCCUGAAUGGAGCUUUUUAACAUGAAACUUAGUGGAAUUAUCUGCACCCCGGAGCACCAUGGAGCAAUUUUCAACAUGGGAAAAAAAAUGUUUUGUGUGUCUAGUGAUAGAAAAUCGUAUUGCUGUUGUAGACCUGACCCAAAACAUAUAUCUAAUGGGGUAGUGCCCCCCUGGAGCCAAACAUCUGAGUGUAAUCUUAACCGACAUGCUGGAGCACUGAGUAAAAGAAGCAUGAACACAGUAGUGACAGGAGGUGGAGGAUUCUUUGGAUAUAAUUUGGGGUGUGCUCUUGCCAAAUCAGGAGCCUCGGUUGUUCUGUUAGAUAUACAAGAGCCCAUUUGGGAAAUUCCUAAUGGAGUAGUGUUUAUCCAGGCUGAUGUGAGGGAUUAUGAUGCCCUACUUGCAAUUUGUGAAGGGGCUGACUGUGUGUUUCAUGCAGCUGCAUAUGGAAUGUCAGGACUAGAGCAACUACAAAAAGAAAAGAUUGAAUCUAUAAAUGUUGGUGGGACAAAACUCAUAAUUGAAGUCUGCAAACAACAGAACAUCCCCAGAUUGAUAUAUACUAGUACAGUGAACGUGGUGUUUGGAGGGAAUCCCAUUGAAGAUGGCGAUGAGGAAACUGUGCCAUAUUUUCCAUUAGAAAAGCAUAUUGACCAUUAUUCCAAGACCAAAUCAAUUGCUGACCAAAUGGUACUAGCAGCUAAUGGAGCUCCAGUAGCAGGAGGUGAUAAGCUCCGUACAUGUGUUCUUCGCCCACCAGGCAUCUACGGACCAGGAGAGCAAAGACAUCUGCCACGAGUAGCAGUUAAUAUUCAGAAGGGGCUGUUUCGCUUCAGGUUUGGGGACCCGUCUGCCACAAUGAACUGGGUUCAUGUACAGAAUCUUGUACAAGCUCAUAUACUGGCUGCUGUGGCUCUUACCUCUGAGAGGAACUAUAUAGCUAGUGGUCAGGCAUACUACAUAAAUGAUGGCAAGAAUGUCAACCUUUUUGAAUGGAUAACUCCACUAUUUGAAAAAUUAGGUUGCAGUCCACCAUGGAUACGUAUUCCUACUUGCUUUGUUUACGUAGCAGCCACAGCAAUGGAAUAUCUGCACUUGGCACUGAAACCAGUUAUUGAAUUUACACCUUUGCUGACCAGAAAUGAGGUGCGGAACAUUGCCGUGACUCACACAUUCCGAAUAGACAAGGCACGCAGCCAGCUAGGUUAUUAUCCAAAGAAUUUCACAUUUGCCGAUUCUGUGGACCAUUUUAUUAAAACAAGACCAGUAAAACAGAAUCAUCACAUCUUCCUUAAAGUCAUACUUUCCUUAAUUGGUAGCUUUCUAAGUUUGAUAUUUCUUUCUUUUACAUUAGCAGAUCUUCCAAUUAUGCAUUUUUUCAAAGAAAACCAACAUUAACUUAUGUUUCCUGAGCAUUAAUAAACUGGCAUGUAAUCAGUCACAGUAUAGACCUCGGCUCACAUGGGCUGCAUUACUCUGCACCAGAUAUUAGCUCCGAUGUAAUAGGCAGUUAUUUUUAGGCUUAAACUAAAAAAAGACAGCACAUCAGUAAACCUUCUUAAAAGGUUAAAAUAAAGUAUAGUAAGGUCAGAAGGCCAAAGAUGAUCACCCAUGACAAAUGCAGGAGUCAAAGCUGUUGGAUCUAUUUGUUUCACACCAAAAGGGCUUCUUUCCAAACUGCUUGUUGAAGUGGAUGACAAACUGGAAGAGACGGAACUACAGUAAAUCUGCAAUACUGUAUCAACAAAGACAAGCACAGCUAGAAUAAGGAGAAAGACUGACCAGACCUGUUGCCAAUGCAUGUUAUUGCGGGGAAUACAGAGAAACUGGAAAAUAGAACAACAAAAGUGAAAAAUAGAUUCAUGUAAACAAAACACAAUGCAUACUAGCUGUACAGAAAAGAUGCAUGCAAUGUAAUUUUUGUGUGUGAAUGAGUUGUAUUGUGACACUGCAUAAGAGGUGAAAUAAAAGUGUACUUGAAAUUCAGCAUGUAUUAAGGCUCUCUCACAUGCAGUGAGUGACCUUUAUUAGUACUCAUUCAUAAUGUCCCACAAUACCAGGUACCAAGCUUAGUAGCAAUGCAUAGUGGUCACUGGCCUCUAAUUGGCCUCCAUCAAACUUCUGAGGACUUCCAGAAGUAGUGUCCAAUUGUUGAUGCACUUUGUUCUGGUCCAUUGUUAAAGUAUCUAAUUUCAAGAGCCAACAGACACCAGUACAACCCCUGUGUACCUUAAUUAUAUUGAAUAUAAUUAAUGAAAUAACAUUGUUAAGGAAAUGUCAUCAUCCUGUACUGCAUUUAUGCCAGAUCUUUUUAAAGCUGAAAUGUGGAUGUCCUGUUUGUGUGUGUCCUUUGUCUCUUGAAAGUGAUGCAAAUGUUAUGUUAUUGGACAAAUAAGUAUAUUAUAAAAACUAUUUAAACAAGAAGGAAACUUUGAGAAAAGCCCACACACAUACACUGACCAGGACAUUUCCUCCCGCUUUGUUCUACUUUCUAUGAGUUACUAAGGCUUGUGUCUUCCUAUGUGACCAUACAGACCUAGAGGAAUGGAGACAUAAUCCUGACUUAAAAAAUAACGAUGUUACAUUUCCUUUUCUUUUUCAAAUGAUACUUAGUAGUUCAUCUAUUUGUAUUGGUCCUUGACUGGUGUGUAUGAAUUUUGAGAUCACCUUGUAUUUAUACAUUUAGCCAGCCCAUGAAAUAGGACUUUUUUCUGCA